AAAACGUUUUUGAAAUCUAAUUUUUGAUCAUUGAUCAAAAUUUUUUCCGUAAGCAAUAUAUACUCUAAAAAAUUUUAAAUAAAUACAGAACCGUUUCUUAACGACAUGGGAGAAAAGGUCCAUCGCGUUAUCGUGUCUCUUACAGACACAAUGCACAAGUUAUCUAGCAGCAACAAAAAUACACCGAUCGAUAGCGAUGUCAAGCUCAUGGAUAAGACCACAUUGCUGCUGCGAACGCGGAACAGUGCGGAAACGGGUAAGCCGCUAACAGCGCGAUACUAUCAUCAGCUGCAAUUCGACGCUGUGGGCUAUGAAGACGAUCGGCACAUGCGGAACGAACUGACCUACCUGUUGGACCAAAUGAUUCGAGAACAUCGUCACGGCUGUAUGCUAAGGCUGACCCCUCGACGCUCACAUAAUAUUAAGCUGCUGACGCAUCUAUUGGUCUCCCAUUUGGACAAGUUACUGGCCAAGCUGCCUUAUCAGCUGAUUGGCAUCAAUGUGGAAUACUAUGAUGUACGCAAAUUCGAUUUGGUCAACAUGCUGUUAAGCUCAACUCGAGGCAGACAACAGACAAGCACACGAGCGAUGCAGACAACACGCGAAAUGUUCCAAUGGCUGCACAACGAAUAUGCCAUGCUGCGUGCACGCGGAACUGGCGACGAUCACAUCAAUGUGGAGUUGAUACUCAGCGAUGGCAUUCAAAAGUCUCACCAGAUAUAUCUGUCACUCUACCAUAUCUUUGACUGCACUGAACGCACAGACAUAAAGGACUUUUUCAAGGCGUUUUCCGCUGGCAAGCGCUGUAAGAGUACUCUGCUUACCGAUUGCAUCAAGGAGUCGUUUGAUUUGAAGCGACCCGCGCGCACUUUAAUUCUGUGCGAGAUGCCACUGGACAAGGAAUCCACGUGUGAGACACACAAAUUUCUACAUCUGGCUAACUUGAUCUACUCCAGCAUUGGUGCCGCCCGGGGCAACACCGAAGUGCCAAAACCUAUCGGUACCAAGAGAACAAGGAUGAGCAGCACCAGCAGCAGCAGUCACUCAAUAGAAUCGAGCAAACCACAGUAUCAAACAGGUUUGAUGAACGCACCGUUCCGUUCGCGUCCGGUAAACCUUUCCCAUGAUGACUAUAGCAAAUUGGCCUCUUGGUACCAUCGCAUUGACUUGAAAUUUUCGGAAGUAAAACUCAGCAUGGAGCGCCAUUACAAUUUUCAGUAUCGCCAAAAGUUCAUGAAACUCUGUAAGCAGAUGAGCUCCUACCGGAUCCUCAACGACAAGAGCGGUGGCGAUGCUCACGGUGUGCUGCUCAAGAACAGUUCCAGGGACCUGAUGGCUGCCUCAAGCUAUGCAGAGGCGCUCAAACAGUUUCGUCAGCUUGAAAGGGACGUGAAAAGGUGCCCGUUCUCGCCCACCUUGACGACGUAUAUGAGUACCAAAAACUACGAGUUGCUCAAUGCGGAGGAGGCUUUGCAGCAACAGGAAAUAGCCAAUUUGAAGGAGCAUAGAAGCCGAAUAUAAAUUAAAAUUUCUGACACUUUCUCCUUGUAGGCGAUCAAAUAUAUUUGUCUGUUUACUGCCUAAACAUAAAUACUCUAGAUGAGGGAUUAAUGGCUUUAAGCAGCAAUCAGUCAAACAUGUCGCGAGCCUACACACACCAAACUUGUUAAAUCUGUCACUUCCAAUCGAAAUUGAAGUAAAAAAAUGUA